GUUUACGCAUGUGUAUAAAAGGGGAGGGUUCCUAGUUCCGGUAAUCGACCGAAUAGAAAAUGAUCAAGUUUAUACUGAUACAGAACAGGGCAGGCAAAACUCGCCUCGCCAAGUGGUAUAUGCACUUUGAUGAUGAUGAGAAACAGAAACUCAUAGAGGAAGUACAUGCUGUAGUCACCGUGAGGGAUGCAAAACACACAAACUUUGUAGAGUUCCGGAAUUUCAAGAUCGUGUACAGACGUUAUGCUGGGUUGUACUUUUGUAUUUGUGUGGACGUCAGUGACAACAACCUAAUGUAUCUAGAAGCUAUUCACAAUUUUGUAGAAGUUUUAAAUGAAUACUUCCACAAUGUCUGUGAAUUAGAUCUAGUAUUUAACUUCUAUAAGGUCUACAGUGUUGUAGAUGAAAUGUUCCUUGCAGGAGAAAUUCGAGAAACAAGUCAGACAAAGGUUUUAAAACAGCUUUUGAUGUUGUCUUCGCUGGAAUGAUAAAAUUUGACUGAUUUAGUACAACCGGACGUUAUCAUCAUCUUCCAUUGAAGUAGAAACCUUCAUAUAUCUUGUGAGGAUUAUUUCUGUAUUAUAUAUAAAAAGUUAACAUCUUCUAGCAAAACUAGUUGAUCAGAAGAAGCUGGAUUAACUUGUACAAUAAUGGCGGAUCCAGUUCCUCCUCGGCUGACAGACUAGAUGUAGAAAGUUCAGGAUUUCCUACGUCGCUGCGUCCUGGGUUACUGCCACUUCAUCAACCUUUAUGUUACAACCAGCUCCAUGUAAGGACUUCCAGAAAGAACAAAAAGCACGGAGUGAGGGAAGAACAAUGGAAAUAUAAUGGUAACGCUCACUGUGGACUUACGAUGGUACUAAAGAACAGUGAUAAUUAUGAUAUUAAAAAGAGAAAUUUUCACCGACGCUUGACGAUUGGUUCAUCAUAUAUACCAACAGAAAUGAUUCAAAUGUUUCAAGUGUGGAGAGUUCAAAGUAUAGAUAUGAUAUACAGCAGUACAACCCAGCUUGUGAUGGCGUCUGUCCAGGACAAUGGUCUGUCUAUGUAAACCAGAUUUACUUAUCAUCAGUGUAAUUAUCGUAGGUCUACUACACUGAAGCAUUCCAGUGGCAUUUCAUUAGAUAGGAUCAUUUGGUUGUUGUCUGGAAUUUUUUCAUUUCAUGUCAGUUGUGAAUUCUAGAAUGUGACUAUUAUUUUGUAUUUAUCAUAUAAAAUCAUUACAAUGGUGAUUGUCUAGCCCAUUGUUCUGUGGCCAUGGGCUUGUGGUUUGGCAUGUUUGUGAGCAUGCAUUAGUAUGGUUACAUCAUAUAGUGGUAAAAACUACUCAUUUAACACCAAAUAGUCUUCAACUCAAUUCAUUGUAUCCUUGUGCUGUUAUAGAGUAUACAAAUCUCUUUAAUACCAAUGCAUGUAUUCUAUACUUUAAGAAAUGUCAUUUAUUUACAAAAACAGCUUGUAAUUCUGAUUUUGAUAUCAUUUGGGGGGAACAAAUGUCAUUAUGUAUAACUUUGAAUUUACAUUGGUUCUGUUUUUGACAAAGAGUUGAAUUUGUAAAGAAUUUCAUAUCAGUAUUUGGAAGUGAUAAUUAAAUAAUUCAUCUACAAAAUUAUCUAUUUCAAAUGUUGCCAUACUGCCAUUCACCUCGUUUGGAAUGAAGUCGCACAGCAUUCUCAUUUUCCAAAAAAAGGACGAUGAUAGGUAAAAAAAAUGCUCUUUUCAUUGGGUGAAUAUGUGUGUGUGUAUCAAUCAAAUUUGUUAAAUUUGUUUUAAAUACAAAUUCAUUGAUAAGAAUAAACUUUACUGAUAUAAAGAUUAAAUGAGAAAUUAUUAUGUAUAUGUAUACCCAAGUGCUACAGAAUUUUGCAAGGAAGUGAUAUUUUGUCGACAAUGCCGAUGGGAAUUGUGGGAUAGGUUUUUGUAAAUUUUCUCUUUCCUUUCUCCUACGUUUUAAUAUGUAGAAUCUCUACUUUUUGUACAUCACAUGUAACAUUUAAAAUUGCAAGAACUUACUAGUAAGUGUAAUGAUAUUACAAUAAAGAAUUUCACCAAAAGGAUACGAGAGAAUAGUAAACUGUGGCUACUAUUCAGUACACACAGGUUAAUUCAGUACACACAGGUUAUAGGAAUGCAUCCUGAAAUUUGUUAGAAAUAAAGAAUUCUAUAUUUUCAUUUCCUCUUUCAAAAACACUAUUAAGAAGCUCCAGAAGCACUUAUUGUUAAUUCUCUCUAAGAAUUGUUUAAUGAACAUCAGACUUGAUGCUGUUAUUAACAGGAGUGUUCAGGCUCAGAUUUUUGUUACUUUUAAGCAUUGCUAUUACAAAUGUAAUAAUUAGGAAGUUAAGCCCAUGAACUACAAGUAAAUGUCAGACCGAAAUUCACCCAUAGGUACCAUAAAACUUCAGUAGUAACUGACUUGUCAUCGAGUAAAUAUUUCAUUUGUUGGAACCAUUUUGUCUGGGAACUUUUAGAGACAUUUCUAAAAAUGAAUUGUCAACAAUUCUAUCUCUUUUCAAUUUAUGAAAACAAGUUUUAGACAAAACAGAAAUAUAUUGUUCUUGCACAAAGUUCUGUAUUUCAUUAACUUACAAAGAGAUAUAGAAGUGGUAUGUUCGGUGUCUGUGAUUAUUACUGUGAAAGAUUAACAAUUUACACAAAUUGAUUUCUGUGGUAUGUAUGGCAUUCUAUUAGAAAUUAAGUUGAGAUCAAGAGAUACCUUUUUGUGUAGGUCUUUAAUGAUGGUGAAUUUUGAGUACAUUAUUAUGUAUAUGUGUAGAUAUUUAUAUAAGUAGAAUGUAUUGUUACAUGUACUACCAACCCAAUGUGCAAUUAUCAUUGAGAACAAUAAAAUGUGCACAAACCUGUA